AUGCCACUACCCGAGAUAAUAGAAACUGUCGUGGUAGUUGUGCACUGCUGCUGGGACGACGGAAUUCUCCACAUUGUCACUGAAACAAGCUAUUGUGCAGUGGAGUAUGCUUAUUCGGUUGAGUUACAUCAGCUAUUCCCAUAUCGCAGUUCCGCAAAUGAUGUUGGUGAUGAAAGAGCGCAUUUUUUUUAUCCAUGUUUGAAGACAAUGUAUAAUGCAGUAGCAAUGAUCACAAUGGCUCACGAAUUUGUCGAGAUGUCCCGCAAUGGUUCCAUGCCACCACUUGUGUGUAUUAUGACGUUGUAG